CACAGCAGCCUGCGGGAAGCUCGGAACCGGGGCCCCGAGCCGGGCGCGGGCUGGCCGGGCUGGGCUGCACGCACGGGCUCGGCCGCCGCCCCUGCCGGUUGCGUGCCCGUCCGGCCGUGCUGUGGAGCCAUGACCACCGCCAUCCUGGAGCGCCUGAGCACCCUGUCUGUGAGCGGGCAGCAGCUGCGCCGUCUGCCCAAGAUCCUGGAGGAUGGGCUUCCCAAGAUGCCGUGCACCGUGCUGGAGACAGAUGUGCCCCAGCUCUUCCGGGAGCCUUACAUCCGCACGGGCUACCGGCCCACGGGACACGAGUGGCGCUACUACUUCCUCAGCCUCUUUCAGAAACACAACGAGGUGGUCAAUGUCUGGACCCACUUGCUGGCGGCGCUGGCUGUCCUCUUGCGAUUCUGGGCCUUUGCCGAGGCUGAGGCCUUGCCGUGGGCCUCUCCCCACGCCCUGCCCCUGCUCCUCUAUGUCCUGUCCUCCAUCACUUACCUCACCUUCAGCCUCCUGGCCCACCUGCUGCAGUCCAAGUCGGAGCUCUCCCACUACACCUUCUACUUUGUGGACUAUAUUGGCGUGAGCGUGUACCAGUACGGCAGUGCCUUGGUUCACUUCUUCUACAGCUCUGACCAGGCCUGGUACGAGCGCUUCUGGCUUUUCUUCUUGCCAGCGGCUGCCUUCUGUGGCUGGUUGUCUUGCGCUGGCUGUUGCUAUGCCAAGUAUCGUUACCGGAGGCCUUACCCAGUCAUGAGGAAGAUCUGUCAAGUGGUCCCUGCAGGGCUGGCCUUCAUCCUAGACAUCAGCCCUGUGGCACACCGAGUGGCCCUGUGCCACCUGGCUGGGUGCCAGGAGCAGGCUGCCUGGUACCACACGCUCCAGAUCCUCUUCUUCCUGGUCAGCGCCUACUUCUUCUCCUGCCCGGUCCCUGAGAAGUACUUCCCGGGUUCCUGUGACAUUGUGGGCCAUGGACAUCAGAUCUUCCACGCCUUUCUGUCUGUCUGCACACUAUCCCAGCUGGAGGCCGUCCUCCUGGACUACCAGGGGCGGCAGGAGAUCUUCCUGCAGCGCCACAGCGCCUUGUCCAUCUACAUGGCCUGUCUCUCCUUCUUCUUUUUGGCCGCCUGCAGCGCUGCCACCGCAGCCCUCCUGAGGCACAAAGUCAAAGCCAGACUGACGAAGAAAGAUUCCUGAGGCUGGGAGGUGGGGAAAGGUGUGGAGGUGGCCCACUGUGAUUCCGGAAAACUUGAUACGACAAUAGGUGUUGACUUUUUUGUUUUUAAGAGUUGGCUUUUAAAUUAAUACGUAUUUCCAAGGGUAUGCUAUGACUACGGCAUUGGAAAGCCAAAGGAUUCAAGAGUUUUGUUGUUGCUAUCAUUGUUAAUAAAAGGAGUAUUCCUUGUCCCUCUGGGUCAUAGCCUUAUAAGGAGCAGGAAGGGAAGGGACCUUGGCUAAGAUUCAUGGAACACUGAAUUAAAGAGAACCAUCUUCAUGCCUGAAAAUUUAGUAGAAUUCUGAAUUGGACUAAAGUGUAAGCAGGUGGCUGGUCCACACCCUGUUGGAAUGGCCAUCUUACUAUGCUGCUCUUUGGUAAUUGAAUAAAUUGACCCAAGGACCUGAUUUCAUAUUGUCCAGGGUGGAGAAGUCAGAAUCUUCAAGAUGAUUCAGUGAAACCCUUAGACGUAAGGAACUACUCAGUUUACCUGAUUUCUGGUCCCUUCUCUCUCACCUGUUCUAACACUGACCCUUCUCUCAGGAUGACAUCUGCCUGGCUGUUUCUCUGAAGAGCUGUUCACUCCCAUCCGUACCUUGCAUCGUAAUAUAGAGGACCAGGAAGCAGUCAUCCUUCCAGGAAAUGCUUGGAUCCAUGUGGACAUUCAGGAAGCUUAUUCUCAUAUAAUACUGAUGUAAACGGUACUAGAAAGUUCAGUGCCAAGAGCCAAGAGGCCUAACCAACAAGCAUGGAUACUGUUUGGUGCCAUGGGACCCUUCUGUUUUCAUACCUGUGGACUGCAGGAUUGCUUAAGAUCUCUUAGGGCUGCCUUACAGGACAAGAUAUCGGGGGCUUGCCCCAGGGAACCUUCUCCAGAUUUUGACCAUCUUCAAAAAGCCCCUGGUAGAGUGAAUUGGUUCUUCUUUUUUGUUUUUUGUUUUUUUUUUUAGGAGAUUAGCCUUGAGCUAACUACUGCUAAUCCUCCUCAGUUUGCCGAGGAAGAGUGGCCCUGAGCCAACAUCCAUGCCCAUCUUCCUCCACUCCAUACAUGGCUUUUGGCAAACGUUGCCAUGUCCGCACCUGGGAUCCGAACCGGCGAACCCCGGGCCGCCAAGAAGCGGAACGUGCAAAUUUAACCGCUGCGCCACCGGGCCGGCCCCUGAAUUGGUUCUUAGAGUCUCACUAAGGAUCUGAUUAUUUCAAGAGGAAUCCAAAGUCCAGCCUCUUAAAUAGAUGCUGCCCCAUGCAGGACUCAUGUAACCACCCUAGUUCAGGACUCUCAGAUAGGCAGUUGUGCCUCAAUUUAGAGCAGAACCCUUAAAAUAAUCAAACCCCAGGACAGGCGACCUUGUGUGCUCACUGUGGGUUGGUCCUUGAAGGUUCCUUUGGGUAAGAAUGGUGAACUGGACACCUAGUAGGUGGAAUGCUCUGCUUGGAACAUCACUGUCCAGCAGCUUCUAUGGCAGGUGGCACUUGACGUGUCCUGGCCACGCAGCCUGCUCUGAGGACUGACUUCCGCACUGAUCCAAUGAAGGGGGCUGCAUUGAUCAAAGCACCGUGGAAGCCUUCUCCACAGGGGCCACUUUUCCUGUCAGUAUGAAGUCCCAAUUGACCAAAAAGAGAAGUGGUUCAUUUUCACUCCAGUUUGAUGAACCUCUAUUACCAGGGUACUUUAUUGUCUUCAAAUCUUUGUUUUACCUUUCUCUGAGAGAUUUGUGGGGUUUGUGCCUUAUAAAUGGGAACAUAUAAACACUUUACUUAAUAUAUAGCCACACGCAUUUUCAGUUUGGGAUUAAUGGGAUAAGAACAAAAGGAAUUCAUUGUUUUCUAACCAGUGGAUGAAAGAAAUUUCAGAAAACCAGAAUUGCUUCUCUCUCAAAAGACCCUCUCAACCUAUAUUUUCGGGGGGAAAAAAAAAGAUAUUCAACUGAAGCUUUCCUAUAAUCUUUAUAUUAAGAAAGUGUCUGUCUUGUCAGUUAUGUAGUUUUUCUAGAUGGGUUUCUCCUGUGAAUCCUCAAAUACCUGAACUUCUGUGCUACCCAAGUGUUUGACACAAGCUUCUGGUGUUGAUGCCAAAUUCACCACAAAUAAAGUUAGCAAAACUGAACCGGGUUGAGCUAGACAAGGGAAUGAGGGGGUUGUGCAAACACAUUUCAAGUCAAAGUUCAGUUUAAAAUGGGGGACUAGAAAGUCUUUGAAAUGUUUGUUAUCAUGGAUUGAAAGAUCAUAUUCUUUUAAAAGUUGGAAGGAAGAUGUAAGUCAAGCUUUUGGAUGUAACUGUGGUGGUCAUGGUGGGCAGAGAUCUUUAGGCCAAAGGCAAGUACUUUUUAUGAGAGAAAACAGGAAGCAGAGCAGUGAUCCCCAAGUGCAGUCCACAUACCAAUGCCAGCUUGCACGCUGUCAACGGUCUGUGACAAGAUAAGUACAGACAGACUAACUUUUAGAUAUUGCCAUAAAAUUUUUAUUUUAAUUUACACAAGGAUUGGUCCCUCAAGUGAUUGGAGAAUUUUUUUUUUUUGCUGACAAAGAUUUGCCUUGAGCUAACAGCUGUUGCCAAUCUUCCUCUUUUUG